UUCCCAGUUGACUGUUUCUGCGGAGCGCAGGACUCGUCUAGAGUGACGCCUAUCCCUUUGCGCCACCGUCGUCGUCUUUGUGGCCGUCGGAUUGGCUAUCGCCAUGGCCGCUUUCAUCUACCGAGGCCAGCAAAACGACCCCUCAAAAGUGUUCGAUAGUGAAACUCUUGCCAUGGUCUCGUCCUCUGCCGCAGCCUUUACCGUCAGCAGUCACAAAGUUCUCGAUUUGGACAAGGCCACCAAAUCCGACGCCGAUCCUUCGGCCAAAAGCGCCAACGGCGACGUUUGCAACACUUCCGGCUGCGUCCUGGCAGCGGCCGAGAUCCUGAAAAAUAUGGACAAGACGGUGAAUCCUUGCGAGGAUUUCUACUCGUUCGCUUGCGGCGGAUUCGAAACGAGGAACGUGAUUCCGGACGACCAGUCGAGCGUGACGACUUUCAGUUUGAUUAGCGACGAAGUGACGGAGCAGCUGCGGUCGCUCAUCGAGAGGCCCACCAAAGAAACGGACGCUGCUGAGCCGUUCAAGCUGAUCAAGAAAGUACGUAUUUAAAACCAUCUCUUUCUUCUUUGAUGU